AUGUUGACAUUGAUCACAAAAUAUACGGUGUUGACCUUCGACGAGCCACGGCGCUUCAUGAAACCGUUCGCCUCACGCAUGGUAUGUAAUUCUAGACUUCUGAAAUUUUUAGGUUUGAGUACGCGACAUUUGCCCAUCGAUUUGAUGACGCUAACAGAGGUACUACGGUUAUCGCUGGCGACUUCUGGAUACUACACGGGUAUUGCAACCAAUCGGUUUCGAUUAUACUCGAGGGGUGGUGUGCGUUUUCACGAGGACGAUGGCUUUCUUUUUGUCAGGAAUAAUCCGCAAACUAUGAAAGUUUUAGAACAGGUUGUUCAAUGA